UGACACUGCCCAGCUCCAAGCCAUGCUGGAUGAUGGGGUCUCUCCAGAGGAGGCCACCCAGGUGGACAGCAAUGGGAGGGCCUCAUGGUCGCAUGCUACCACGGCUUCCAAAGUGUUGUGGCCCUGCUCAGCCGCUGUCCUUUCCUGGAUGUGAACCAGCAGGACAAAGAAGGAGACACAGCCCUCAUGCUGGCUGCCCAAGCAGGCCAUGUGCCUCUGGUGAGUCUCCUGAUCAACUACUAUGCUGGCCUUGACCUGGAGCGCCGGGACCAGCGGGGGCUAACUGCGCUGAUGAAGGCCGCCAUGCGGGACCGCUCCGAAUGCGUGGCUGCCCUCCUCAUGGCAGGUGCUGACCUGACUGCAGUGGAUCCUGUCCGGGGCAAGACAGCCCUGGAGUGGGCAUUUCUGACCGACAGCUUCGACACGGUGCAAAGGAUCCAGCAGCUGCUGCGGCGGCCCCAAGUGGAGCAGCUCAGCCAUCAUUACCAGCCUGAGUGGCCAGCCUUGCCUGGGCUUGUGGCCCAGGCCCAGGCUCAGGCCGCCCCGUCUUUCCUAGAACGACUUCAGGCCACCUUGAGCCUCCCCUUUGCGCAGUCUCCUCAGGAGGGGGGUGUCCUGGACCACCUUGUGACCGUCACGACCAGCCUGGCGAGUCCUUUCCUCACCACUGCCUGCCACACUCUGUGCCCUGACCACCCACCUGCACUGGGCACCCGAAGCCAGUCUGUGCCAGAGCUGCUAGGCACUGCCCCGCCCCCUCCCCCAGUACCCCAACUCCCCCCGGAAGUCCCUGGCCCCCGGGUCUUCAUUCCCUACCAGAGCCCUCAGGGUGUAUUGAGCAUGUGCCAUCAGUGGCUCCAGCCCAGAGAUAGUACCAGCCCCAGGCCCCAAGCCCCUAAGAUCCUCUUCUCCAAGGCACCCUCAUCUGGCAUUCAGUGGAAGCCAGAGCCCAGGUCUGCAGGGAAUCGAAGGCUGUCCCUUCCUGUCUGGAGAUACCAGGAGCUCAGGAUGGAGAGGAGGAGGCAGGAGGUGGCCAGGUUGGCACAGAGCCAGGGGACAACGGGAUAGGCCGGGCUGGGAACAGGUAAUCAGGCCGCUCCCUGGGGCUCCUUUGCCCUCUAGAGCCCCUUCUGCCUUCCCAUCCACCUCUGUCUAAGUGACUGUACUCUCAGCCUGUGUACAAGGUUAUUCAUACAGCAUCGUUUGCAACAAUAAAAGAGUGGAAACAACCUAGGUGUCCAUCAAAAGGGGACUGGCUAAAUUGAUUCUGAGUGUAAAUACUGCACCCAUAUGAUGUAUUCUAUACAGUGGCAAAACAAGAGUAAGGAAGCUCUUUAUGUUCUGAUGUGAAACUAUCUUCAAGGUGUAUUAAGUGAAAAAAAACAAAAACCAAAAAAACAAGGGCUGGAACAGUGUAUAUGGCAUGCUACUAUUUGUCAAAGUAAGAUCU